AUGGUACGAAAGGACAGCUUUCCGUUGGCACGGAUAGACCAGCUUGUGGACGCUACUGCCGGCCACGAACUGCUAAGCUUCAUGGACGCCUAUUCCGGAUACAAUCAGAUAUUCAUGCACCCUUCCGACAGUGAACAUACCGCCUUCAUAACAGACAAAAGGUUGUACUGUUAUAAUGUCAUGCCGUUCGGCCUGAAGAACGCAGGGGCAACAUAUCAAAGGCUCGUCAACAGAAUUUUCGCAAGAUACAUCGGCAACAUCAUGGAGGUUUACGUUGACGACAUGUUGGUAAAAAGCAGAACUACCGAAGAACAUCUGCACAAUUUAUCGAUCAUGUUCGGCAUACUGAAAGACUACCGGAUGAGACUGAACCCGAUGAAAUGCGCCUUCGGUGUAUCUUCCGAAAAAUUCCUCGGAUUCAUGAUUAGUCACAGGGGGAUCGAAGCGAAUCCCGAAAAAAUAAAAGCAAUCAUUGACAUUGAGAGGCCAAAGACGACGAAGGACAUUCAAAGCCUUACCGGACGCGUAGCCGCCUUGACCCGCUUCAUAUCAAAGGCUACCGACAACACUGCUGUGAGUUCGGUAUUGAUACGAAUACCGGAGAAGGCUGAGUUAUCGAUCUUCUAUGUCAGUAAGGCACUCCAGAACGCAGAACUUCGAUAUCCCCCAUUAGAACAGCUUGCCCUAGCUCUCAUGUGGGCGAUCGAACUCGGAGAAUUCAACAUACAGUUCAUUUCGAGGCCCGCCAAAAAGGGUCAGGCUAUUGCCGAUUUCAUCUCCGAGCCGGUAACGGAGAUCGGAUUACCGAAUGAGCUAGACGCCGAACGCUUUGACCACUCAACUCUCGUAUGGAUUCUGCACGUCGAUGGUUUGGCAAACCAACAAGGAUGCGGAGCAGGCUUGGUGCUGACAACACCGGACGGACUCAAGAUCGAGUACGCCCUCCGAUUCGACUUUUUAACCUCCAACAAUGAAGCGGAAUAUGAAGCUCUCCUGGCCGGCCUUCGGUUAGCCAAGAGCAUGAAUGCAAAACAAAUCAGAAUUCACAGCGACUCCCAGCUCAUUGUGAACCAGGUAACGGCAGACUUCGCGGCCAAAGACGCCUCCAUGCACGCCUACCUUUCGACUACCCAUCAGCUGCUCCAAAGCUUCCGAGCCUACGAGAUCAAGCAGAUCCCCAGAAGCGAAAACAGCCAUGCCGAUGCUUUGGCACGCCUGGCUUCGGCAAUCAACGACAAAAUCGGAAGAAAGGUGCCGGUAGAGAUUCUUGCCCAACCAAGCACUGUAGCCUCCGAAACGUGUGCCGUUCGGUACGAGGAUACAUGGAUGUCUCCUAUCUACUCGUACCUGACCAACGGCACCCUUCCUGAAGACAAGGCCCAGGCCCGAAAGCUUAGAUACCGAUCGGUAAGGUACACCGUCAUCAACGAUGUCCUUUAUAAACGUGGCUACACCACUCCAUAUCUCAAGUGCCUUACGGCAGAACAAGGAGAUUACGUCCUUUGGGAGAUCCAUAAUGGUGUGUGCGGCGAUCAUUUCGGUUUCCGGUUCGGUAUCCCAUAUGCAAUCAUUACCGAUAACGGCAGGCAGUUCGAUUCGGAACUCUUCAGGCAAUUUUACACCCGCCUGAAAAUCAACUUGUUUUUCGCAUCACCAACCCAUCCCCAAUCGAACGGUCAGGUCGAAGCAGUAAACAAAAUCAUCAAGAAACUACUGAAACGACAGCUGGACAAGGCCAAAGGAGCUUGGCCGGAGAAGCUUCCCGAAGCACUAUGGGCCAUUCGGACAUCUUACCGAACGUCCACUGGAGAAACCCCUUUUUCCCUGACUUUCGGUUCGGAGGCUGUGGUGCCUGUGGAAAUUGGCAAACCUUCCUACCAAACGAAAAACUUCGCACCGAAGCCGAAUGAAGAAGCAAUUUCUCUAAGCCUCGACCUACUUGAAGAGCACCGGGCACAUGCCAACCUUCGGAAUGAAGCCUACAAACAACGUGUCUCUCGGUAUUGCGACUCUAGGGUCAGACACCGCUCAUUCCGAAUCGAAGACUGGGUCAUGCGCAAGGUGUCCCUAGCAACCAAGGAUGCCACGGAAGGAACUCUCGGACCUUCCUGGGAAGGACCAUAUGAGAUCAUCAGUAUCCUUCGAUCAGGAACCUACCGACUGAGAGACUCCAAUGGCAAGACCCUCAGUCAUCCUUGGAACGUGGAACAUCUCAAAUGCUAUUUCAAGUAA